AUGGGAAUUUUUGAGGUUGAACGAACACCACUACGAAUUGUCGAUUCCAUCGCAGUGAACGACCCGGGGACACUCUAUUGUAUCCACCCGGUCUCGUCUGAUAUCUCUGAAGGAUGGGUGAAUAUUGACUUUGAGAAACUCGUCAGUGCUAUCAAUCGCACAGCGCUGUGGAUUCAAGAAAAUGUCGCAUCUUCAACUGAGCCAGAGACCAUCGCCUAUGUCGGAGCAAAUGACAUCCGCUAUACAGCUUUUAUCUUUGCAUGUAUGAGACUGAGACACACUGCACUUCUUCUUUCAACGAGGAACUCAGAGCAAGCGUCGCGAUAUGUCCUGGAGGCCACACGUUCUUCCAAAGUUGUCUACAGCGCGGACAAAGCCCGCCAGGCCGAGGAAUUAAAGACGACGAAUUCAUCCUUGGUAGUCGUCCAAAUUCCAGAACUGUGGGAAUUAUUCGACCGCGAUGGAAAAACUGCCUCUCCUGAGGUGAAGGAGACCCUUGAAGAUGAAGAGGAUCGCGUGGCAAUCUACAUCCACAGCUCCGGAACAACAGGAAUGCCCAAGCCAGUCCCGAUGACAAAUGGAUAUCUCCAGACGAUUGAAACUAUCGGUUUGGUACCAGUUCCAGAGGGUAGACGGUGUAGUUUUGCUCCUGUCGAAGGCAAGGGGAAGUUGCACUUUUUGAUGAGUCCUUUCUUUCAUCUGAUGGGUAUCCUCGGCAUAAUGAUGCCCAUUGCGUAUCUGACCCCAUUUGUUCUUAGCCCAGAGAGGCCAUUGACAGAUGAAAUGCUUGAUCAAAUUCUCAGGGAAACUGAACCCAAAUUGACUAUUAUGGGCUCAUCUAUUUUGGAUGAUAUGAGCAAGUCAGAUCUCGGAUUAAACUGCCUAUCCAAAUUCGAUUACGUUACUUAUGGAGGCUCGCCAUUGGCAUCAGAGGUGGGAAGUCGCAUUGCAGAAGUUGUGCUGCUCCAGUCGGUUCUGGGAACAAGCGAAUGCUGUAUAUUUCCAGCUUUGAUCCCAGAAGACAAAACAGACUGGGGCUAUCUGGAGUUCAACCCCAAUGCUGGCUCAGAAAUGCAGGACGUUGGCGACGGACUAUAUGAGCUCGUCGUGCAGCGAGGAGAAGAUCGCAAAAGCAAGGCAGUUUUCCAUACAUACCCGGACAAGACCGAGUACCGCACUGGCGAUUUAUUCUCCCCUCAUCCAGUAAGAAAUGGACUGUGGCUCUAUGCCGGUCGCCAGGAUGAUCUCAUCGUUCUCAGUAACGGAGAAAAGUUCAAUCCCACCCUAACGGAGGAGACUAUUUCAAGCCACCCACUCGUGCACCUUACUUUGGUGGUUGGACAGGGACGUUUCCAAGCGGCUGCAAUUAUAGAGCCAAACUGGUCCCUUUGGAAUGGAGAACCAAAUACUUUGGUUGACGAGAUCUGGCCGUUGGCCCAGAAGGCGAAUGAAGUAGCCCCCGGUUAUGCUCAGCUUAUGAAAGAGCGAAUCACCAUUUCAUCUCAAUCAAAGCCAUUCCAGCUCACCCCAAAAAAUACUAUCAAGCGACGUGCUACUGUUAGCGACUAUGAGGCAGAGAUUGACGCCCUUUAUGAGGCGGGAGAUCAAAUCACUGUCGAUCAACUCGCAAAGGACGCUUCUCGCACGGAUAUCGCAGAAUUCAUAACCCAGGUUUUGUCAGACAUCUUAGAAGGGCAGUCAACUGAGGAAAAUGCCGACAUAUUUGCUUUGGGGGUCGACUCCCUACAGACACUCCGUUUAGGUCAAAUCCUCCAGGCCUCUCUUCAAUCCGCGCGACCGGACUUGAAUGCAGCCUUUGGAAACUCGCAGCUCUACUCUCGCCCAACCAUCGUACAGCUCACCAGUUAUGCAACGAUUCUGUGUCUGCGGAAGAAGUUGUGGAAAGUGACGAGGACCGCGAAGCCAGAAUCGCUGGAAUCGUUGGGAAAAUACUCGGACGAUGUUGGCGUAAGUCACGCUGUCAUUCUCACUGGCUCCACGGGUUCCCUCGGCGCAUAUCUUUUGCACGAGCUUCUUCGAGACCUCAGCGUCUCAAAGAUAUAUUGUCUCAACCGGUCCGACGACGCCGCCCCGAGACAACUGCAGAGUCUCCGUGAGAAGGGCCUAGUGGGUUUCAACAAGUUCCCACGCCGAGUAGAAUUCCUUCAAGCACGCUUUGGCGAUGAAAGACUUGGACUCGAUGAAACAAAAUACGAGGAGCUACUGGAAAGCGUCGAUACAAUUAUCCACAACGCGUGGAAGGUCAACUUCAACCACAGAGUUGAGGCAUUCGAGCAACCUCACAUCGAGGGCGUUCGUCGACUUGUUGACUUCAGCAUUUCCAGCGAAAGAAAUGCCCACAUUCACUUCAUCUCAUCCAUCUCGACCAUUGAAGGCUAUAGCCAAGGCCCAUCAAUUCCUGAAAUUAUUUUCAGUGACCCGAGCUCGGUCCUUCGCCAGGGAUACGGUGAGUCAAAACACGUUUCUGAGCGAAUCUGCGCAGCAGCCUCGGCCAAAUGCGGCGUCCCGACCAGUAUUCACCGAGUUGGUCAGAUUGGAGGUCCGACAACAGAGAAGGGAAUGUGGAACAAACAAGAAUGGGUGCCAUCCUUGGUCGCAUCUUCGAAGACGAUUAAGCAAAUUCCGAAAUCGCUUGGAUCGGUUUCUGUACAAUGGGUUCCAGUGGAUAUCACGGCCAAGGUCAUCGCAGAUAUUGUUCGCACGAGACGUAUUACCCAAGAGGAGGAAUUAUGCGCUGCCUUCCAUAUUGUCAAUCCCAAGACCGCAGACUGGGAAUCUCUGAUCCCAGCAGUCACCAAGUACUUCGAUGUUGAGCCGGUUGAUGUUCACACAUGGGUCAAGACCCUCGAGGGCUUCACAAACCCCACGGAGAACGAUCUCAAAGACAAGCCUGCUCUCAAGAUUCUAGACUUUUUCAAGGCAAUUACCUACAGUGAUGAGGCUGGGCCAUGGACUGAGACAACCAAAACACAGGUUGCAAGUAAGACUUUGAGAGAUUUGAAGGAAAUCGAUGCGAUCCUAUUCGAGAAGUGGAUGAAGCAGUGGGACUUCUGA